UGAAGAUAAAACAGAGUUUCAUUGCUCUCUUUUUUUUCUCUCACUCUCUGCCCUGAAAUUUUCUCUUGAGAUUUUUGAAGUGUAUUCUACAAUGGAAGAUCCACCACAUUUCUCUCUGUUUCAGCACAAAUUUCAAACCGGAGACAAACCACUUCUCACUCUUGAUGCUGACUUCUUAAUGAAUCACACGAAAGUCUUGCUAAAAUCGGAUGCGUCAGACAGACCUCGGAAAGUGAAAUUGGACGGCGGCAGGCUCUCCGACGGCUGGGAAGAGUUCGCCGGCGACCAUAAAUUCAAAGACGGUGACGUUUUGGUUUUCAAACAUCAUGGAGACGAGGUCUUUCAUGUAUCUGUUUCCGGCGACAUACAGAACGCAUCUUCUAGCCACGUUGAUACUGAGGAUACUUACAUUGAUGAUGAGGAUCUUGAUGUUGAUGAUGAUGAUGAUGUUGAUGAUGAUGAGGGCGAGGAUAAUUUAGAGAACAUAUUGGAAAAGACAAAUAAAAAACAAGAAGCAGAUUCUUCAUCAGAACACCCUGGUUUCAUCACAGCAUGUGUCACUCGUUACAGCCUCCUUCAUGAUCGUUUGGAUCUUUCUAGAAAUUUUACGUUGUUGUUUGGUGGGAACCAAAAAACGUGUGAGAUCGAUGUAGUGAAUGAGCAAGGGAGAAGAUGGACAAUGAAACUUGCAAAAAACAUCUCUAGUGGUGUGUUUUACAUCAGACAAGGCUGGGGAAAUUUCUGCUGCGUUAAUGGGCUAAGUCAAGGACAGUUAUGUAAGUUUAAACUUUUCCAAAAUGGGGAAAGGCCUGUGCUUUGGUUGUGUCCACAGGAAUCUGGCAAUGGCCGUAAAGAGAAGAGGACGUUUGAUGAAGUUUCCAAGGUAAAGGAGAAGAAGACUCCUUCUCCAUUUCUGAUAGUAAAGUAUACACCUAGCCGUGACACUACCGGGCAACUAUCACUUCCAGUGAGUUUCACGAGGAAGAAUAACAUUAACAAGGCUGGGGAGAUAAUUCUGCUGAACCAAGAUGGAAGAAAGUGGUCAUCUUAUCUACAGAUAACAGGACUUGGACGAGGCGGAAGUGAAUGGUUUUAUUUGAGAAGAGGUUGGAGAGAGAUGUGCGAAGCUAAUGGAGUGAAGGUUAAUGAUUCAUUCAAGCUGGAACUGAUGUGGGAAGGAGCAAAUCCUAUGUUUAAGUUCUGCUCUAAGAUUGAAAACCAUGAAUACAAGGGAAAAGGAAACCAAAGAACUCGUAAGAAGAGAGCUUGUGAGACUGAUCCGCAGCCAAGGAAUGUGAAAAAGACUCCAAGAGUAGGAGUAGAGGGACCAGAGCAUCAAGUUGAUGAGGAGAGAGGACGCACUCAGGUUUCAAACAGAACCAACACCAUUUCAAGAGAAUUACAGCGCUUGCUACCACGAUCUUGCUCAGUCUCGGAUCAGGUGGCUAAUGUGAAACAGGGCAUUGUAGAUACUCUGAACACUGUGAGACAAUGUCGGACUGAGCUUGAGACAAGUGAACAGAAUCUGCAAGCCUCUUUGCUAGCAAUUGAAGCCUUAGGGGAGAGGAUAUGGGGAAUCAGCAAAAUCCUCAGCAAUAAUCUGGUUUGAAGAUGGGGAAAAGAAACAAAGAGUCUUUAUUCACGAAACUAGUUUAUUCUGUAUUUGAGACUUGCAAGUUUUAGAGACUGUCCACUUGAAUGAAAGUUUCUAGUUUGGAAGGGCGUUCUUCGGUUGUAUCAGCAAUUUGGACUACUUCAUUAUAUCGCUGAGAAACUAGUAAUAUUUGUAAUGCUUUCUGAGUUACAACUUUUGUUGUAUUAGUAAUUAA